GGAGCUCCCCAGAGGUGGUUCCGGGCGAGCGUGACGAUGUUUGCGGAUCUGGACUAUGAUAUCGAGGAGGACAAGCUUGGGAUCCCCACUGUACCUGGGACAGUGACCCUGAAGAAGGACUCCCAGAACCUGAUUGGGAUCAGCAUUGGAGGGGGGGCACAGUACUGCCCCUGUCUCUAUAUCGUCCAGGUAUUCGAUAACACUCCAGCAGCCUUAGAUGGAACCGUGGCAGCCGGCGAUGAAAUCACGGGGGUGAACGGCAAGUCUGUCAAAGGGAAGACCAAGGUGGAGGUGGCCAAGAUGAUACAGAUGGUAAAGGGAGAAGUGACGAUUCACUACAACAAACUUCAGGCCGACCCAAAGCAGGGGAAGUCUCUGGAUAUCGUAUUGAAGAAGGUGAAGCACCGGCUGGUAGAGAACAUGAGCUCAGGGACAGCAGAUGCCCUGGGGUUAAGCCGAGCCAUACUUUGCAAUGAUGGAUUGGUGAAGAGAUUGGAGGAGCUGGAGAGGACUGCAGAGUUGUACAAAGGCUUGACGGAACACACCAAGAGUCUUCUCAGAGCUUUCUUCGAGUUAUCCCAGACACACAGAGCGUUUGGAGAUGUUUUCUCCGUCAUCGGCGUACGGGAGCCGCAACCUGCUGCUAGUGAAGCUUUUGUGAAAUUCGCUGAUGCCCAUCGCAACAUUGAGAAGUUUGGGAUUCAUCUUCUGAAAACAAUUAAGCCGAUGCUGACUGACCUGAACACGUAUUUGAAUAAAGCCAUUCCUGACACAAGGCUGACUAUCAAAAAAUACCUGGAUGUCAAGUUUGAAUAUUUGUCUUACUGCUUGAAAGUCAAAGAGAUGGAUGAUGAAGAAUACAGCUGCAUUGCCCUGGGUGAACCCCUCUACCGAGUCAGCACUGGGAACUAUGAAUACCGCCUUAUCCUGCGUUGCCGCCAGGAGGCUCGCACGCGUUUUGCCAAGAUGAGGAAGGACGUGCUGGAGAAAAUAGAGCUCUUGGACCAGAAACAUGUUCAGGACAUCGUGUUCCAGCUGCAGCGGUUUGUCUCGACGAUGUCCAAGUACUAUGACGACUGCUACGCCGUGCUCCGCGAUGCGGACGUCUUCCCCAUUGAGGUGGACCUCGCCCGCACUACUCUCAGCUAUGGGCAGAAGGACACGUACACAGACGGGGCAGAAGAAGAAGAGGAAGGAGGAGGAAGUGACAGAGGGAAGAGCGGGAAGGAGGAUGCAAAUGGUGAAAAGCUCAUUGAUGACGCAUGAGCGUGCCGGUGUGGCCAGAGGGAAAGAAAGACUUUGCAGACUGAUAUAAAAACUUGUAUUUCACAUGGCGAUUCAUCCUCCAUGAUUCUCUGUGUAUGUCCAGCCUGGGAUUCCUCCUCUGCCCUGGGUGGGAGUAGCUGGCUGGAUUGGGUCCAACCUCUGUAUCUCUCACUUCGCUUGCUUGUUUGCCUGGAUAUUCCUUUCCUCCCCACAGACGUCUGUUGCCCAACUUGGAUGCUGAGCUGUGGGGAGGAAAAUCUCCCACCAUGUCGCCAUGUGACUGCACACUGCUGAGCGUGCGGGAUCCACUUUCUGGCAAGGGGAAGGCAGCUGAACAUCUGGAGGUGACUACAAAUGGAAGAGCAGUCCCCUGCUGCCCUCCCCUUGUGCUAUGGGAAAGUGUUAGCACCAGCAUUGUUUUGUUCACCCCAAUGCUUGGUGUUUUCAAACUUCAAGCUUUGGUCUAUUUCAAGCUUCAUUUGUUACAUCCUGGAGCCCAUCCCUGGGGCUCUAGGGCAGAUCUUUUAGGAUGAUCACUCCUAGCUCUCUGUACCAUUGUUUUUAAGAAAUAGGGCCAAGUCAGAAGUGACAUUAGAACUAGUGGUGGUACAUAUGUUCUGAUCGUGUCCCCAUCCAAGGGGCUGGGAGCUCUCGUAGCAGAGGCUGGUGGCAGUGGCUGCUGGGCAUGUUGGGCUGCCACAACUCAGCUGCAAGUCUUUUCCCCUGGCUCCCAUCAUCUUCAUAUUCCUUAGCUCCAACCCAACAGCUCCACCCCAGGUCUAGAAUCCUCCAGGAUGUGGCUCUGCCCUCCCCUGUGGAAAGGAGGGACCUGGCUCAGGAAGAAGCUCUCCCGGUCAGCAGAGAUGUGAAUGUGCUUGUGUGAGGCAGACGGGUUCCUGGGAGCAAGAGCGAAGCUGCAUGCAUUUCCUUUCUCUUGUUCUCAUACAGUUCCUUGUAUCGGAUGGUAACCAAACGUGCUUCUUGAAGAUGUGCAGCGAGUCCUGCACGCUCUUCUUGAGCAGGUGCCACAAAGAGCCACCACUGCAAAGGUGGUGUUCUGUCCUUACACUAGUGAGGAGAGGCAGGAAGCCUUGUGGAGAGAGGAAGACGGGGCCUGUGGGCAGAGACAUUGUGAUUUUUAGCGCAAAGUGCGACUUGCAUGCAACCUGCUGCUCUGCUCUCUAUGAAACUGCUUUGUGCUGCCUUUGGGCCAGCCAGAAACAGUACUUAACGUCCAAUUAUCCUGCACAAGGGAAGGAUGGAAAAGGAAAAGCUUCCUUUUCUUCUCCCUCUGUCCUUGCGGGUUGAUCCCAAAUCCAGAUGGCACUUUCUCUUCUUGCAGGCAGCACAACUGCCAGCAGCGGUGUACUUCUCAGAGGUCAAGGUUUUGACUUCUGUCAUUACAUUCUAGUGGUAGUGAGAGAAGUUAUUUAAGGGCAUUAAUUUAUGGCUGUUUUGUUUUGUUUUGUUUUUCUGUUUGAUUUAUAUUUGGAGCCUUGUCAUCUCUGUGGGUGCCUGGAAAAAAGUCAUCCAUGGUCAAGCUGCUCUGGAAGAUUUAAAGGGACUCUAGUGUACUGACUGUUGACUGUAAUAAAGACAAAUGUGACAGUUUUGUUUCUUGUU